ACCUGGUCUGACCAAGCAGUGCCCAUGCGAACAACGCUGAGGACGUUCUCAGCCUCCUCAGUGUCAAACUAUCCAAAAUCCAUGGGAAUUCGUGGUUUUUCGAUUUUAUUUUACAGCAGGUAAUUGCUCACCUCUAAGACGUCACUCCGCAGCAUCCGCCGCACAACUCCCUUUCCCUAGUCCUCGAUUAUGGAGCACUCAAAGCUGUCGAACCUAGCAACCUCGGAGAGCGAUAAUAAUGGAAAUAAUGGACAUGAGCUGUCGCGGGCUACCUCACCGGGUGGUGCGCCGUCAGAGACGAACGGCACCAUCGACGGUGAAAAGAAAGCUAGAGUGAGGCCGCGCACCUACCCAUACUUUAAAUACAUGCCGUAUGAGCUCGAAGACGACAGCGAUAGACAGAAGAAUCUGCACGAUAUCCUCAGAUGCCUCUAUAUUGCUAUUGAAGCUGGAGAUUUCAGCCCAGGUGCAGUACACUGGACUCGCGAACUGAGAGGAUGGCUAUCACUCAAAUUCGACCCGACGCGGGAGGAACGGAUCAAACUGGUGAAGCUUUACUAUGAGCUUUCGCUGGCUCCGGGCAUCGACCCCAAUGUUGCGGAGAGAUUCGCUAGCAUGUUUAUGUUCCUAACGAAGCGUAAGCAUUAUCUUCGACCCGUAAAAGAGCUUCUACUGGACUGGAGGCCUCUCUACAAGGAGCUGAAGACCUUCGUCCUGCCUACGGAGUCGGGAUUGGUGCACUCUACGAAUCUCAAACGCAACAUCAAGACCCUAACUAAGCUCUGCGCGUUUUCUCAGCUCUACUUUGACCCAUGUGAGUUGCCAGCAAUGCUGGAGGAGUUUCUUCCGCAUUACACGGCGUCCUUCUCAGAGGGAGCGUUUGUGGUAGUCGGUCUCAUCAACCUACUACUGCCCACGGCACCGCCUCCAGCUUCCAGAAUGGACCUCCUGCCACAGAAUUAUUUGCCGACAUAUUUUCACCUUUGGUCUUUGAUCAACCGAUCCAAGACAUUUGACAUGAACUUCCUUGAUUUCCUUUCUCGGCUGGCUCGAGACUCAUUGCCUGCGGGCCAUAUCACCUUUUCGGAGUAUGGUAUCUUCACGAAGGAUCAAUCAUCUCUCAUCUUCACAGCCAUCCUGAGACUACUGGAGAUUCCAGUUGGACAGUCAACAUCUCCAUACAGUGCCCUAGUUGAUAUCUCAUCGGGAUUGGGUAUCAUGCUCGAUAGGGAUUCGCGGAAGCAUCCCGUCGCUCACCACAUUGCCCGAUGGAUUGUGAUGUCGCUGUCUCCAGCUUGUCUCGAGACCGAAGAGUCUAUUCUGUCACAACUUGAAGCUCUUAUACAAGCUGUUGAGACUUUCUUCCACCCCUCAAAUUCAGGAGCUUGGACGAGGACACUUGCCCAGCUUGUGUACUACCUGUCGGACUUCUUCGUCAUGCGCUGGAACCGUGAGCACACGGGAGAGAUGGAGAUACCCCCUGAGCGGAGGCUAAACGAACCUCUGAAGAGGCGUUUCGUACUCUGUCUUCGAGAUGUGAUAUUCAUGGGCAUCUAUGCCAAGAGUGGCACAGCCAUGAACUUCUCGCUCUCUACGCUGCAGAGCUUGGCCUACCUUGAGCCGCAUCUGAUCCUGCCUGGGGCCCUGCAAAGAAUAUACCCGUCAAUGCAGGGGCUGGUUGAGGUUCACCGAACAACCUCGUCUCUCCGAUCGCUACAGGUACUGUCAAGGAUUAUGACGAGGACGAAGGGGUUCCGCUGCCAUAUGACAACCCUUUUGGGACUUGCCUUGCCUGGCAUCGAUGCCAAUGAUCUGGAGAAGUCCCUUCAUACCUUAUCGUUCAUUCAAUCUGUCUGUUACAACAUUCCCUUUGAUGACUUGACGAAAGGCCGCGACGAUGUGAACUGUAACAUGUUGGCUAUGCAAUGGAUUACUGGAGAGCUUGAGCGAAUGGAGGAGGAAGGAGUCGGAAUUCAGUUGAACUACGAUACGGAACUCAGUGAUGAAACUGAGGAGAUGAUCCUGCGCUCUUCAACAACUGGAUUCUCCGAAUUUCUGAUAUCCUUCCUCGGUCGAGUGUUCACGCUUUUGGAGAACUUGCCCGACGCUUCGCGGGUGCGCAGUGGCUCUCCUGAAGAGAAUGUUGUGAACACUCUACCCGCGACUUUGAUGCCUUUGCUGGCGUCUCUGUCUCCGGAGCUUUACGAUAUCGCCUUGACCAAGAUAGUCGACUUCGUAUCGAACCAUGUGAUCCAUCAAGCGCGAGAUGCCAUGGCCUUUAUCUGCAAUUCCCUUUGCAAGGUGAACCCAGAAAAGGCUCUCAAGCGUCUCGUCCCUCUGUUAACUCAGGCUAUACGCACUGAGAUCGAUGAAAAUGGGGCUGCUUCAACCAGAACGACAGGAUCUGACGUCCUUCCCCGCGAUCGAGCUCUCGUUUGGAACGUCAGUAUGUUGAGUAUGUGCGUUGUGCACGUGGGAGAUGCCGUUUUGAAGCAUAAGGAGGCACUCUUUGAUAUCGCAGUGUACAUGCAGGAGAAGUGCAAGGGGAUACCGACCGUGCACAUUUCCAACUUCAUCCAUCACCUGCUCCUUAAUCUUACUGUGACAUACACGAUUGACUAUUCGCUGUACGAGCCUGCAGCUAUUGCUGAAGGAAUCCAGCCUGAACAUUGGGGCUAUAGACAGGACCCUGACAAUUUAACUGUCAGAUGGCAUGUUCCAAAGCGUGAGGAACUUGAGUUCGCCGUGGCUCUUUUCCAAAACCAGGCAGAAAGUGCCAUCCGACAGCUGAAGGAGCUUACGACCGAUACAUCGAGUAUCAAGCGUGAUGGAAGCGGCAAGGAAUGGUCUGACGAAGUGACCCGAAAGCUUGUGCUUCUCCGUCUUAUCAUAUCCGGCAUCUCGAUGUUGUUUGACCCCAAAGCAGUUUCAAAGACUGACAAGGAUGCACCGGAUGGGCAUAUAUCCGAUGCGGAGAUGGCGGACGCAGACGGCCGUGUAUCCAAUGGCGACAAUAAUGCCGAGGAUCCCGAUUCCACCCUGGACACUUCUGAUGAGGAAACGGUCAGAGAGACGUUCACUUAUCCGACCGGUUAUCCUCUAGACGAGAAUGACCCACUCUACGUCACAAUUCAUGACAUUCGGGAGCGAGCCGGAUGGGUCCUCCAUGAGGUCCAUAGGUUCCUGACCGAGAAACAGGAAGAUGAUGUCGCUUGCUUUGGGGCCCUCUAUACUGCCUACAGGUCGUGGUUCAUCGACGUGGGUAUUGAGAGAUCGGCCCACGUCCUUGAUAGGGUCAGUCGGCUUCUUGCUGCAGAUAUCCAUCCAUACAAAGUCAGCGGUAUUCGGAAGGAUUACCCUCGUCCUUUGCUCGUACGCAGGGCGAAUGUGUACCACUUGCAACGCCUAAGGCACAACGCCAAUCCAAGGCCUCGCUCCAAGCUGGAUGAGAUCUUGCUGUUGGACAUCGCGGAAUCGUGUGUCUCUCUUUACACAGAUACCCGCCGUAAUGCCCAGAGUGCUGGCGAGUCAGCUCUCAAAGCCAUCUGGGGCUCUCGGUUGGUGGUGAUCCCCCCAUUACUGAAAGCCCUGCAGAAGGCAGUAAAAGAGAACGAUCAUCCACGCAUCAAGGGUGCUUUGUACUCGCUUUUGUUUGGCAGCCUUGCGAAGACUGUUGGAAGACACUGGAAGUACACACCGACGUUGAUAAGAACAUAUAUCGCUGCCAGCGCUGUUGACAAGCCCUCUGUUCAGAAACUGUGUUCCGGAGCUGUGUAUCAAAUCAUGGACUAUGGUCGUGCCAUGGAGAGGAUGGCCAUUCUCGAUCAAGAUAUCGUCAAGUCAAUAGCUCCGACAGAUAACGUUGACCAAGAAAUUGAACAGAAGCGCAAGUCAAUAAACAACAAGCGCGUGACGAUUGAGAAGAAGAAAGCAGAUCUCUCAGAGGAGUUGGUCAAUCUGGCCAGAACUUCUCACUGGAAGAUCGCCAGCCGGGCAGCCACGAUUGUGAUCAGUAUGGGUCUGCGGUUUGACUACAUUGCCAGUCAGAACCUGGUGGAUCUGGUCACGCAGGGCUCAAUCGACGACCAUCCUGGUCUUCGCGGCAUGUACUCCCAAGCACUUAUUGCUCUGUUCACGAUGAUAGACGUUCGAGCAAUCUGCUCUCAUAAUUACGAGGACUAUGUCUUGGGACGCCAGAAUUUCCCUUCGAGGAUCCAAGUAGCCACUAAGCGCUACGAGAAAGGUUGGACGGAAGAGUACUUGUCGAGCUUCGCAAAGCCCGAAGCUGAGUACUACAUCGAUCAUGACUUCCCCGGCUGGCUCGUGUGGGCAGAGACCAUGCCGGCUUAUAAAUCCAACGUCAGGUACGAUAUCGAAUAUGACGAUGUGGAGUGGAAGGUGCGCUCUCAUAUGGGCAAGCUCUUCGACCGCAAAUGGUUCCGGAAGUUCUUUGAGUACCUCAAGCAAGAACCCCGAGAUGCAUCAGCCGACAAGUUCCGUAUGGCUUGUGCUAUGAUGCUUCUCUACGUGUUUGAAUUGAUGUUCAGAGACGAAUUGACUGCCGUGACCUUUGACGAGAUCAAGGAAGAAAUCGCGGCGGUCUUUGAAGAUGGCAGUGACAAGCACCAGCAUCGAGCCACGGCAGAGAUUCUGGGAGCUUUGAUUAGCUCCGUCACAGAUACGAGUGUCGAAAAGAGAACAGUGGUCUGGGAAUAUGCCUUCCCGAUUGUUAGAAAGAUUUUUACCGAUGGGCUGACACCGGAGAACUCUGGUUAUUGGACCACUUUCCUUCAUAUGAUCCUGCAAUGCCGCGAUCCUCGUCGUGCCUGGCCAUUGGUUGAUUGGCUCGCGAGCUUUAGGUUGGAUAUGACAUCGAACGCUGCGUUCAAAGAGAGCUCCAAGAUUAAUCUACUGCACCAGUGCAUCAUUGAUGCAGGAUGGCAUUUCCAACUAGAGAAGCCAAUCCUCCAAGACUUCCUUGGGCACCUUGACCAUCCGUACAAGGGGGUCCGCGAGGCAAUGGGACAGACGCUUGGAACAAUUUACCGCACAAGAUAUCACGAGUCAUAUUCAGAUGUGAAUGAACUCGUGAAGUCUCAGAAGUCAGCGUCGUCCAUCGGCACUUAUCCGUACCAUCCAACAGAGGAAUUCAGCAAGACUCUGCGUGAUGUGUUCGAAAGACUCGAGAAGUGGCGACAUGAGAGGGAGCCUGGUCAGCAGACACCUUCGUCCUACACUUCGGGUAGCAAGACCGUGCUGCUCUGGCUCGACUCUACGCUCUCCUCGCAUGAAUGCACGCAACUUGUACCUUUCUUCCCAGAUGUCUUUACUGAGCAGCUGUUGCACAUGAUGGACGUCAAGGAAGACCCGGAAUUGCAGUCCCUGGCAUAUCAUGUCUUCCGCCAUCUGCCAAACAUCCCAUAUCCCGCGGAAGAUAACUCACAGUUUAUACAGUCGCUGAUACAUAUUGGCCUCACGUCAGCCUCCUGGCAUCAGCGUCUGCGAGUCAUGAUCAACAUGCAAAUCAUCUAUUUCCGCCGUUUGUUCUUGAUAUCUGGUGGAGACCGCGAAAAGCUCUUUGAAUGCAUUGCGACUAUGCUUCAGGAUUCUCAGCAUGAGGUCCGGGCUGGUGCCUCAGCUACACUGUCCGGCAUGAUCCGUUGCUCUCCGGUCGGUUUGCGCGAGCAAAUGGUUCAGAGACUGAAAGACCGUUUCACGAAAACCCUUGUCGAAAACCCCUUGCCAAAGAAACCGAGAAACUUCCGUGGAUUGUCACCCGCUCCUUCUUCUGGAGCCAGCACUCCUACACCCGAACAUACCCGUCUUAUAAUUAUCCGACACGCAGCGGUUCUGGGACUGGGAGCUCUCGUGCAGGCCUUCCCGUACACAAGCCCACCGCCAAGUUGGAUUCCUGAAGCACUGGCGAUCCUGAGUACGAAAGCCGCAAAUGACCCGGGUAUUGUUGGCCAGAGUGUGAAGUCUAUCAUUAGUGAAUUCAAGAAGACCAGACAAGAUACAUGGCACAUCGAUGCUAAGGUAAGGUUCCUAUUCUACUGCUCUUCUCCAUUUGGAAUGACUAACACCUCUCCUUGUAGGCAUUUACACCGGACCAGCUUGAAGAUCUGUCUGGCGUGCUUUGGAAGAGCUACUUCGCGUGAGGAGGUAAGGGUCUGUAAUCUACCAUCAGCGAAAGGCGUCCACGACGCCUUCUCAUCUUCAUUGAAGCGGGCGCCGAAUGCGGACUUGAACAGUUUACUCUAUGUUCGCAGAAUUGCCCACUUUCGCUAUGCCACAUUGGCUAGCUUCUCCUGGUAUUCUUAUCUCUUUAUUAUCGGUGACGACUUCUCCUUCAAGGAUAUAUUGAUCUAUAGGGUAACGAGUCCGUCUUGCCGUUCGGACUUGUGGUGGUUGGAAAUGCGAUUCGGGUACGGUUGCGGUUCGUAAAAUGGUGGCAGCUCCGAGAUAAUGUCAAUUUGAUGACCUGUAUCUGAUGCUUUGAAAGUGUAUUUCAUAAUAGAAGCUUUUCAUGUGAAGUAUCCGAGACCUGCAAGGUCUAAAUUGCAUCUACCACUUAGUAGCUUUUCCUAGACUGAUAUUGAGUGUCGAAAUCGGUAUGUCCAGCACCUAUGGGAGCUGAGCACUGCGCUAUUAUGUAGGAUUUCCAUGUUACAGACUUGGAUUGUGACUUCAAAAUACGUAGUCGGUAACGGG